CUAAAGUGGGGCAAGAGAGAACGCGCGCGCGCGUGCGUGUCAGCUGCCAACCAAGAUGGCGGCGGCGCGGACGUCAGUAACGUGAGCUGCAUGAAGACUUAACGGUUUUUUCUCCGGGAGGAACCGAGCGGCUGUGCCGGGACGACCCGCUCCUCUGUGAAGCCUUGGACCGCAGCGGGACCCCACCGGCCCACCGAGCCCGAGGAACGGGGACCGCCUGUCGUUCUCACACCGGUGAGUCGGGCGCGAUGAGGCUGCCGAAUGAGUGACCGCCUGUUGGCGGUGAUGGGACACAAUGGAGGACAAAGGCCCCCGUGUAGCCGACUAUUUUGUGGUAGCCGGGCUGACGGACCCGUCAAAGCCUUUGGAGCAGGAGAUCCACUUUGAUGACGUGUGCCAUAAGACCGCAAAGCCCAAAGCUCCCAUCACGGAUGUGGCUGUGGUGAUCCGGUCUGUGGGGGAGGAGGUCCCACCGGGGUUCACCUGCAUAGAGACGACGCCAACCGGCCAGUCAGCCGAUCUGAACAGCGGAGGGCUCAUGGCACCUCAGAUCUUCCUGUGCUACAGGCGAGGCCGUGACAAGCCGCCGCUCAUAGACCUGGGGGUGCUGUUUCAGUGGAAGGAGCGGCUGAAGCAGGGCUGCCACCUCAUCCAGACCACGCCCUUCGGACGCUCGGCCAACAUCAGCGGGAACUCCUCCCAACGCAUUUACAUCACCUACCGCCGCGCUCCUGAGAGCCAGCCCCACACUGCCCUGGCCGUCACGGACAUCUGCAUCAUUAUCCCCAGCAAAGGGGAGACGCCUCCACACACUUUCUGCAAGGUGGAGAAGAACCUGAACAGCAGCAUGUGGGGCUCCUCUGUGUACCUGUGUUACAAGAAGUCUGUGGCCAAAACCAACACGAUGGCGUAUAAAGCAGGGUUAUUCAGCAGAUAUCCAGAGGAGGACUACGAGUCUUUCCCUCUUCCAGAGUCGGUCCCUCUUUUCUGCCUUCCCAUGGGGGCCACCAUAGAGUGCUGGCCAGCUAACACCAAAUACUCCCUUCCCAUUUUUUCCACCUUCGUCUUCACCGGAGCAUCUGGAGAGAAGGUUUAUGGCGCUGCUAUCCAGUUCUAUGAGCCCUACCCGCUGGAAUGCCUGACCAACCAGCAGCUCUGCCAGUUGGGCCUUUUGAGCGCAGAACAGCUCAAAUCUGGCCUUUCCAACUCAAGCCGUGUGAGUUCUAGCUGCUCCGUCCACACCAACAAGUGCAUCUGCCUGCUGUCCCACUGGCCCUUCUUCGAUGCCUUCCGGAAGUUCCUCACAUUCCUGUAUCGAUACUCCAUCUCCGGCCCUCACGCCCUGCCCAUCGAGAAGCACAUCUCUCACUUUAUGCACAAAGUUCCCUUUCCCUCGUCCCAGAGGCCUCGCAUCUUGGUACAGCUUUCCCCACAUGACAGCCUGAUGCUGAGCCAGCCUGUUUCCUCUCCGUUACCGCUCAGUGGGGGACGGUUCUCCACGCUGCUGCAGAACCUGGGACCCGAGAACGCCGUCACCCUGCUGGUGUUCGCCGUCACCGAACACAAGAUCCUGGUUCACUCGUUACGGCCGGCAGUGCUGACCAGCGUGACAGAGGCCUUGGUGUCUAUGAUCUUCCCGUUCCACUGGCCGUGCCCUUACAUUCCCUUGUGCCCCCUGGCCUUGGCUGAUGUGUUGAGUGCCCCCUGUCCGUUCAUAGUGGGGGUGGACUCCCGCUACUUUGACCUGUAUGACCCUCCUCCUGAUGUGAGCUGUGUGGACCUGGACACAAACACCAUCUUCCACUGUGAAGAUAAGCGAGGCCUCACAUGGAAGAUCCUGCCAAAGAAACCCUGUAAGAACCUCAUGAAUGUCCUCAGCAGGCUUCACCAGGAGCUGCAGGAAGGGCAGUGUCAGCUGGACGGGUUGCUGGAGCUGAGCAUGAGCGACUCCCCGGAGCUGAGCUGUGGUAAAAGUCUUCACACUCUGGAGCUGGAGAUCCAGGAAGCCUUCCUGCGCUUCAUGGCUGCUAUUCUGAAGGGUUACCGCUCCUUCCUCAGACCCAUUACCCAAGCUCCUUCAGAGAAAGCCACAGAUGCAAGCUCUCUCUUUGACCUGCAAGGGUUUCUGAAGAGCCGUGACCGCUCUCAUCAGAAGUUUUACUCUCUAAUGACCAAAACGCAGAUGUUCAUCCGCUUCAUCGAGGAGUGCUCGUUCGUCAGUGACAAAGAUGCCAGUCUGGCCUUCUUUGAUGAAUGCGUGGACAAA